AGUCAGUUGCAAGAACUCCUGGACGUUGGAAACAUGCUCACUCAGGUUGUCGUCUUCCUAGGCGUCGCAGUCGUCGCUUUUGGGGGUUACGCUGGAGGACACCAUGGCGGAUCCAGCAAAACAUACAGAAAACAAGAUGACUACGGACACUACCGGUUCGGCUACGACAUCGUCAACGGUUACGGCGCCGUCAACGGCCGCCACGAAGCAGGACACGCGUACGGCCCCGUGCACGGUUCCUACUACCUCGGCGACAUCGACGGCCGCCACCGGCAGGUCCAUUACGUGGCCGACAAGCUCGGGUUCCGCGCCGUCGUCAAGACCAACGAACCUGGAACUAAGACCAGCCUCCCCGCCGCUGCGCCCUAUUUAAGUGCCCACGGCAAAAGUGUUCCGGCCUACGGGCGCGCUGGAUACGGUGGAUACGGAUACGGCGGUCACGGCUACGGCGGUUACGGAUACGGUGGAUAUGGAUACGGUAGACACGGUUACUACGGAUAAGCCAUUUACCUGAAAAACAUCGUAAUCGAUAGGUGAAGAACUUGCACCUUUUCAACAAUUCCAUGCAUGCUACUGGCCCUACUUUGGAAAGUUCCUGUGCCACCCAAAGUAAAAUAAACGGCUUGAAUAUAGAGUCUGUGUUCAAAUUGCAAGAAAACAAACUCAUAUGCGUGUGGAGAGAUAGAGGUCAGUGUUGUGCUCUGUAAACAGUUUGCGAUGAGGAUAGCGCACGUUUUUGUUGUCAUUAUUAAUCACGUAAAUAAUACAAACAUCACAAAGAGAAACAAAAGUGGGCUAGCAGUU